AUGGCCCCCUCGCCGCGCAAACGCGCCACACCGACUGCCAAAACAACACUCUUCAACACCACCUGGAACGAUGCCGAUGCCGCCCUUUUCGAUCCCAGCACCCUUCCUGUUGCAAAAAUCCCCCGCGGCUGGGAGCGCAAGCAAGAGGUCAAGCGCAUUGGCCAGGGAAAGGAGAAGAAGAUCUGGCGGAGAUUCAACCUAAGAUCGCGUGCCGACAACACACCCCAGGACGAUGCUGAUGACGAGGAGCAAGAUGCGCUCUCUAGACCCGUCAAAAGGCGUCAGCACAUUAGCCCCAAGGCCAUGGAGAAGUCCUCGACCAGGCCCAAUGCAAAGAAACGCGCCUUCAAGGCCACGCGCUGGGACCGCAGGAAGAGCGUGCUGCCGAGAAAGCGGGCCACUCCUUUUGCUGACAACGAAGCAACCGGCGACGAGGGAGACGACCACAGCUACGACUUGACAGAAGGCGACAGUGCAAGCCUCAACGAGCCAGAUGAGACCAUGCAAAGCGAAGAAGACACAGUCGCAAACCCAGUAGACGCGUACAGGACGCCUGCUUUCGCAUUCAACCUGGACGCAGCUGCCACAGAAGACCUUCCAGACCGCGAGAGCUUAGAUAGGCACCAAGACAUGGAGCAAGACACCGAUCCUCGGUCUGCCGAGGAUACAACACUUGCCAAUCUGUUCCGUUCUCCUGCCAAGGUUUCUUACCCCGAGCUGCCACAGAUUCAAGCCAUUGAGGCGGAGUCAGAAGCAGCCAUGGAAGACAUUGUGGAGCAGCCCAAGGAGAAGACCAAUGUCGACAAGGUUGAGCUACGAGACCAAGAUACAAACACUAUAGACCAGACGCCUGAGCCUCUAAGUGAGAUUCAGUACCCCGCCUUGCCAACCAAUGAGAUCAAAUCUUCGUCGCCUUCACCAUCACACGAAGAAGACGAGUCUAAGACAGAGGAAAGUCCCGAAGCGGCACUACCAAUCGAGUCAGAAACAGAAGACGCAGAGGAUGAUGUAGAGGAGGAAGACACACCGAGCCCCUCAGAAGAACGCGAUCCGGAAGAAGAAUUCACUGAAGCCUCGCUACAGCUAGAUAUCCUAAGGGAAUAUCGGAAAACAAUACGGGAAACCUCUUCUACUGCCACACAAGGCGAUGAUCCCUUACACAAACAAGUACACGUUCAUCAGAUCACCGAAGAUGACUCCGAGGACGACUCCAUGGACGAUGAGGCCAGCCCUACUGAUGAAGCCGCCACUGACAGCAAUUCUGUAACAUCCGAGGACCAUGCCAUGGACGAGGCACCUACAGAAGACAUUACAGAUGGCUUGGCACUCUCGUUGAGCACGUCGAAACCCGCCUCACCUACGCCUCGAAAACUUCAUUCGCCUCCACCUCGCCUAGCCUCUAGUUUCGAAGAUACCACUGUAACGGCCGCUUUCGACGAUGACACGGCCAUGCUCAAAGACUUUCUCAACCGUGCAGCCGCCAGCAAAGCUGAAAAGGCGGCCAUCACCACACACCGAAGGGAGUCGUUGCAGAAUCGUCGCGAUUCGGAUGUCGUUCGUCAUGCUUUAGCCUCUCCUAGAAAGGCCCUUGAAGAAAAGGACCCCAACUCGCCAGCCAAACACAACAUCGAUUUGACGCUUGAUUUUUCGCAAACGCCCACGCUGAGCGCACCUAACGAGGCUCUGCCAUCACCUACACCAGCCGCAACAGUACCAGAAGACACAGACGAAACGAACGAAAAGACUACAAGACGCUCAUCGAGAGCCAAGAAGUCGCGGCUACCUGCUCCGGCGUCAACCGGACCGGCACCAGCACCCAAGAUUGCCAUCCGCCGCAAUGACGGAAACGAAGUGGUUGUUCUGAAAAAGGAUGAUGCAAAGGUCCUGGCAGACUUGACCCGCGCAAACACACGCAAGAAUAAGCAAGGUGCAUUCGGUGUUAUUGUUCGUUUGAUGAAGGCUCAAAUGGAUGCAAUGACCCUACCACCAAUUGAUGAGACCCCCAAGGAAAUUGUCGUCGGCAAGAACGUACGUUGGGAUGAGCAGCUAGCAUACUACCAAGAGAACCCGGAUACUAUCGCCAAUGCCCUAGCUGAGGCAGAAUCGCUGGCUACCCCAGACGAGUUGAGCUUCUCAGACACUGGGUCUGAGUCAAAGAAGAAAAAGAAGGAAAAGACGAGCAAGACUUCUACACCAAAGAUCCGGAGAGUCAGGGGCCUCGGCACUGCCAACGGCACUCCAGCAAAGGGUUUGACCGCUCCAUCAUCUCUCCUUCUGGAAGCAGUACAAGAAGAAAAGGAGACAAGCCAGGACAAAGCAACACGGCAAAAACAACCGCAAAUACCCAAGCCAAAAGUGGCUAAGGUAAAGAAGAUGCCCGUCGCACCCACCUCUAUCGACAGCAGCGUUUCAAGCGUUUCCGAAACCAAACUGCCAUCUCUAGACGUAGCACCCGUCGGCGUAUCAUCCUCAUCACUCCCUACGCAACGCAAAAGCCGCCUCGCUGCACCCAAAAAAGUCAUCUUACCACAAUUGACUGGCUCAGGUGAGAAAGAAAACUCUAUCCGCGCUGCAGGCUUGACGGACGCCACGCCGAAGAAAGGAAUCCCGGCACCGAAAGUCAUGGUUGCUCAUUCUAGUAUUGCGACACCAACAUCUACUGGUAUGGAAUCGGGCUUACCGCGUCGACGGGGGAGGAAAUACUAG